AGGCUGAGUCCACGGCCAAGAGGCCUCGCACCACCAUCACGGCCAAGCAGUUAGAAACCCUCAAAAACGCUUAUAACAACUCUCCCAAACCGGCGCGGCACGUCCGGGAGCAGCUUUCGUCGGAGACAGGGCUGGACAUGCGGGUGGUGCAGGUGAGAGCGGGGUCUGCCCGGGCGGGGGGCGGGAGGAAGGAAUUUUCUCUGCAGCCACGGAGCAUGAAGCGAUCCCGGGGGACAUCCAAGUCCGACAAGGACAGCAUCCAGGAGGAGGGUCCCGACAGCGACGCCGAGGUCUCCUUCACAGAUGAGCCCUCAAUGUCUGAAAUGAGCCAUUCCAACGGGAUUUACAGCAACCUCAAUGAAGCAUCCCCCGCUCUGGGGAGACAGGCUGGGACCAACGGGAGCUUUGCUCUGGAUCACACUGGUCUCCCACCUCAGGACCAGUACCACGACCUGCGAUCCAACAGCCCCUACGGGAUACCCCAGUCACCAGCUUCCUUGCAAGCACUGCCAGGCCACCAGCCUUUAAUCUCCAGCUUGGUUUACCCAGACAACGGCUUGGGCAUCAUGGGACAAAGUGGACAAGGAGUGCCCCAGUCCAUGAGGGUCCUGGCUGGGAAUGGACCCAGCUCUGACCUCUCCACUGGCAGCAGUGGGGGAUACCCAGAUUUCCCUGCCAGUCCUGCCUCCUGGCUGGAUGAAGUUGACCAUGCUCAAUUUUGAUACAGG